UUACCUGACGUAAUCUUCCAAAUCUGAUGUAUUAUGUGUUGAUUCUAGAUUUCAAGCACAAAUGCGCAUUGAACAGUAUCCUCCUUCGGUUGGGAGAAGGUUAAGUACAACCACCCUAGUGUGGCACCUUAAAAGUCCUUUGCUAUAAACCUGCACGUUGCUAUAAAACUGCACGUAUAAAGUGAAAGAUUGCACAUACCAAAAAUGUUGUCCCCCAACUCUGUAUCAAUCACAUGCAUGCAAAGCCUGCCAGGGAGAGCUCAGCACUCAACCAGUCGUGGCACGUGCAGGAGAAUCCUGACUUGUGAUAAUCAGAGGUUAUACAGACAAAUGUAUUUAUUACUGCCCAACGGUACUACUGAGCACUGAAAGAUUGCUGUCAGGAGCUUUUUAUACCAGAUAGACACUAGAGCUUGGGGGUGAGAGGUAUGGGAGAGAAGGGGUGCUGUUUAAGGUCAUCUUUGAGUGGUUUCUUAGGAAAAAAAAAAUUUUAAAAAUCACUUCUUAGACACACUUGUAUUAAUUCAAAUUAGUUCGUAUAUAGUGGCAAUUUAAGGCUCACUCUGCUAUUUGCAGCUUCUGAGAAUUGAUUACGAAAGAAGGGGAAGCAUUACUGCUGUUAACAUUACAUUAUCUUAUUGUCUACGUUUUAAGAAGAGGCACUUUAAUUUCACUUUCAGUUUUGUCUACAGAAGCAAAGUCUCAUGCUCAGAAAUUUAAUAUUUCUGUGUCCAGACAUGGUGAAAACCUCACCUUUCAUUUGUCCUUCUCCAAAGUAAGGAUUCUCAUCCUGCAAUACUUAGCUCAGGCCCCAAAUUAAUCUUAAAUACUUGCCAAGAAGUAUGCAAGUGCAGUCGUCAUGUUGUCCAAAAAGCACCUGUCAUUAUAUGGCAGUUGCUUGCAGAUAGGUGCACACACGCACAUGUAUAUAAAUAAAUGCCCAAUAUCCUGGCUGCAUAUUCAGUGCCUUCUCUGUGAUGGGAACCGUGGUUUCUCGUCACUGCAGUCCAUGGAAAAGCAGGACGAGACAGGCUGUCACAUCAGGGAUGGAAGUGAUCCAAUAACAGCUGAACAGGAACACCAAAGCGCUUGCUCCUGCACCAGGCCUUGGAAUAAAAUUCUCAGACUUACCCUGAAACAAGCCCGAGUUAUGUAAGAAAUGCUCACUUUAGCAGAAGAGAAGAAUCUAACACUCAUACCUCUCACUUUCCAGCAGAGGAAGGUCCCAGGCUGCACAUCGCUCAUCGCGUGUUCAUGCGAACAGGACCUCUGUCCUUUUGCUUUGCAGAACAGCACCUUCAGGCAGGAGAAGUGAGCAAUACAAGCAUAACAUCGCACUGACAGCUCCAAAAGCAUGAAAUACUUUGCCACGGGGCUUAUGUUGGGAGCAAAACCUAAUUUUCCUGUGAAAAUAGAUCUUGAGUUUAACUACUAUUGACUUAUUUUCCUUGGAGGCAUUUAAUGAUCUCUUGAUAAUGUUUCAUUCAGAGAAUAAUUACUGUAUGGAAAGCAAUUACAGCUCGGCUAUUUGCAACUAUGGGCUGAAGCUCAAAUCCCUUUGUGGACUUUUAAUGAAGCUCUGGCCGUACCUCCUGUUACGUGAAUCCUCAAAUUUUAGGUGCAGGAGUAGGAAGCAUUUCUCUGUGGCAGGAUCUGCUUGUGCCCUUACUUUUGCUCUCCCAGUGCUCCAGGAAGACCUGGCUGGCAAGAGAAGGGCAAGGUUGGAACUGGCAAAGAAAAGUCACUUCUGUCUAACAAGCCAGCACAAGUGUGAAACACAGUUUCAAUUCUCAGUGCCUUUUGCAUGCUGCUGCUCUGCAUCAGGGAUUCCCUCUUACCCUGAUGCCAGGGGUCAGGGCAGGAGGAGAGGGCUCCUUCACUAAAGGAGCCAUAUUUGCUUCUUGCAUACCAUUUGGUUUACAGUGUAUCUUCUCAUUUUCUUAAAGCCAGCUGUUGUUGUACAGCAAUUCCAGUAGAUGAAAUCGCAGCAUUGCUUUAAGGAUGAGAGAAAAACUUCACUGGCCUAAGCAAGAGCUUUCUAAGAAAUCAGUCCUGAGUCCAGAACGUAAGCUGAACAUUAAUAAUGAAAACAGCCUCCAGCACCUGUCUCCUGGGGUCCUUAAGGACAUUUUCACAACAGGAACCAGCAGCUACAAUGUCCUUCUUCAGAGCAAAGAAGAGAAGAAACACCACACUCAGAAGCAGUCGUCCACUCACCACAAGAAACACAGAAAAGCCACAAAGUGCUCUACCACCUCGCGAAGCAGCGAGCACCGCAAAAUCAAAGUCCCUCUGCCUUUGCCCAGCGGUGGAUGGUGCUGCACAAACAGGCAGCCCUCCAUCUUCAUCACCAGCCCGGGGUCUAACAGCAUGAAGUUUGCAAACAAUAUUUCGGUUUCAGGGAACAGCAUAGGACUGCCACCUCGGCCCAAAAGCAGAGCCAAGAGGCAUUUCUAUCAGUCAAAGCCAAAGCAAUCCCAGCCACCAAAAAGCUGUGGAAAAGAGGGAGAUGUCUCUGGCCAAAAACUCUGUCUCCUAACUGCAAUCAAGCCUUCCAAUGUGGAGAAAGAGAAAAUGAAAUUCUUCAAGUCAGAUUUCACAUACAAUCCUCAAUUUGAAUAUGCAAACCCUGCUUUGCCAAACGUGUUAGCUAAACAUAGCCAAGCAUCUGACAGAUUUCUUAAGCAGUCCAUUAAUAUUAUGGAGCGGACAUUGCAGAAGUAUGGAAGCUAUGAAAAAUUUGAACAAGCCACUGGUGGCAGCUUGCUGACCAAAAGCCGCAUCUGGAAUCACGUCAGGAAAUAUAUGGUGAAAGAAGGCUGUCUUGGUGAGAUUGUGGUCCAUCUCACGGAGGACCUGCUUUCUCGAGCGUCAAUGACAGUGGUGAAUGGCCGCCCCACUCUCACUAUCAAUAUCUCCACUGCGAGAGAGCACUGGCUGGAAGGGAUGCUGAGACAUGAAAUCGGAACUCAUUAUUUUCGAGGGUUUAACAACAGCAGUCAGCCUUGGUGCAACUGGAAUGGACGAAGGAAACAUGGUUUGAAACCAAUUAACCCUACAGAAGAAGGACUAGCGAGCAUUCACAGCGUCCUCUUCCGCAAAGACCCUUUCCUUUGGAGGGCUGCCCUGCUCUACUACACAGUCUAUCAGGCUAGUCAAAUGUCCUUCAGCCAGCUUUUCCAGGACGUGGGGAAAUUUGUCAAGGACCCCAAUACCAGGUGGGAUUACUGUGUACGAGCCAAGAGAGGGUGGACUGACACAUCACAGCCAGGCUGUUUCAAUAAAGAUCAGGUGUACUUAGACGGCAUCCUCCGAAUCCUGAGAUAUAGGGAGUCCAUUGAUUUCCACCUUCUGACAGCCCUCGGAAAGAUUUCAUAUGAGGAUGUGGACCGCCUGAAAGGAUUGGCUGUGAUUGAGAACAUGAGGGUACCACACUUUCUGCAAGAUCAUGCCCGCUAUAUGGAACACUUGGAAAAGAUUAUGGAAGUCAAUGAGCUGACUGAUGAGGAGCUCCAGGAUCUCAUAAAUUAACAGUAUUAUUCAACCAUUCACUCUGUAAAACUGAGGAUGUAGAAGAGGACUUCUCAGAGUUUACAAGAAUGGACUUACAAGGGGUGGGGCAGGAGGGAAGGGUGCCUAGAAUACAUGGAAUUCAGAAAAUGUCCAUUUAUGUUCCUUUUGCAUUGUGGUUAUAUACUGUUGUGUUUUGUUUGGUGUUUUUUUUUUUUUUUCAUUUUCUAAGUUUGUGUAUUUUUUUUUUAAGUUUGGCUUCGGAAUUCCUUUGUAGUGAUCUGUCCAGUUAUCUACUCUAUUUUGUAGGCUAGACAUAGUGCUUGACGCUUUCUUUUGUAACAUACUACCUUUUCCCAUCCAGAUUUAGAGGUGGAAGAAAAGAGAAAGGGGAGAUUCCCCUUUUGUCUAUUCAUAUAUGCUCUGUCUUUAGUCAGCUUUCACAGCUCAUGAUGAUUGCACUGUUGUAUAUUAUGCUACAUCACUGCACAACUCUUUCCUAUUUGGUCAUCACUGCAACAACAGCAACAAAAAGUAAAGAAGUAAUCACAGUGCACAGAAGCAGGUCUUUGUGCAAUAGGAUUAAAGCUCUGAUCAAAAGCUAUAAAAAGUUUGAUUUUUUCACUAGGAGAUUUAGCAUUAAAAGAAAAAAAGUAUCACUGCUUUGAUGACUGUAAACAGGUAGCAAAGUUAUCAUCUUUAUCCCACCGGUUUGUAACACUGUUCUACGUCUUUAUCUGUACAGUAUGUGUUUCAAUAAGUUGAAUUCUGGAAAGGGUCAUCCUGCUUUGAGGAUAAGUAUAGCAUGGCUAGUGAGUUCAGUAUGGUAGCAUUUUGGGAGGAGGCUUGGGCAGAACUGGGAUUUUGUGACCUUUGUUAUAAAUAAAUUCGGGAAUACAGGAACAUAAGUCAGCACAGCAGACAACACCCACUUCUUCUGCAGGUCACCUGAGCCUACAGAGGAUCAAGUCACUUUUUGAGCAGCAUCAGGCCUCCAAGCUGCAGAAAGCUUGAGCUUGCAGAGCUCAGCGCAGAAAUGAGACAUGGAUGGGGAGAAAAAAACAACUCACAAGUGCCCUGUUCCUGUGUUCCAAUAGAAGUGCUACACCACUUCAAGCAAACUUACCUCUGUUUUAAUUGCUGGUGUACAUCCAGACACAUGUACAGAAAGUAUGUUACUGUAAAGCAUGGAUAGUCAAAUGAUAAAUAGCUUAUGUGACGCAGGAAGACUUACUACAUAGACUACAUUUUCUGAAUCCAGAGUAUUAUGGCAUUGUCAAGGCAAAUUGAGUUUUGCAUCUGUAAGUACUUUGACAAAGAGUUUAAUUUUAGUAGAUAGUAUUUUACCAGGGUAAAUCUGAACUCUUAGGAAGCUGCUAUGGUACAAGAGGCUGGGCAAGAACAGGGGAGGGCCUUGGAGGAGCCUCUGUUGUUUCUUCCCCUACUUCAUUGUCCCACAGAUAACAGGCCCAGCAUUGGAGGAGGCAGGUAGAUGGAACCACUGUUUCCUCCAUGCCACGUUGCAUGGGUUUGAGCCCUGGCAUCCCUAUCUUCCCCAUUUAUCCUUCAAUAAAAAGGAUGGAAUAACCCUCCCACCUUCCCCAGCCUUAUUUUACACCCAGGACAUUAACAGCCAUGACAGCAAAAUCCUGAGAACAUGUUUCAUGAUAGGAAAAUAGUGAAAUCCAGGAGGAAAAGUUCUCAGUUGGCUAAGAGGUCUGAAGGUUUUUGAGUAAUGCCAUGAAACCAGAUGCCUUUUAGCUAGUAUUGCGGUGUGCUUGCAGCAGCUGGCUGACUGCUUCAAAAAAUAAGAUGCACUCAACAAACAUAAAUUUACUAAAUUUGGUUAUUUUCAAGGCAAGGACCAAGAACUCCUCACAGCAGCCUUAAUUUUGUAUUGUCAGUGUUGUUCACGAUCUGAAAUCCUUUCAGCCUCUGUAUGCUGAAAUAAAAUCCCUUUUUCUCCCCCUCAGACCGUCUAGUUUAGUCACUUGUAGCUUUGCCUGCACAGCCUUGUUUUAGAACUGAACCGAGCAGACAGCCUGAUGGGGUCAUCUUGCAGUCCUGCACCCAUGCUAUCUGGAUUCAGAUUUGGACUCUUUGCUGGAAGUAGAAAGAAAGCCAGACGUGGCUGAGGUCAAGUCAAAGUUCACAGUCAAAAGCCAUCUUCGGAGUAAAUCACAUAGAGAUCAUUUGAGCUCAUUGCGCUCACUUUGCAGAUACAGGGGUACAUAAGAGGGCCAGGCCUUCACGAAAAAGACAGUUUUGAAUUGGUAUUUUCUUACUAUAGAGAAUUUCUUGCCUUUGUUUACUUCUACACCAAGUGCUUUGUCCCUUACCCCAGUAUUUGUGUGUUAUGAACUAUGGAUAUUUACUGUCCCAGGUCCCUGGAACCAGGAGGCCGUGCUAGCCACCCUGCUUUGCCGCAGGAUACCAUGCCCACCGCCCUUCCUCCAGCAGCCACUUCGCUCUUCCACUGCCCUGUAGCCCUAAAUGCUACUGCAGGCCUUUUUGCUUUACUUCAAAACCGGUCUCCUUUUCCCCAAAGUCAUUGAACUACUUCUAUUCUCCCUUAUUCUAGAAAUAGAUUUGCCUAGUGCAAGGUUUGUCUGGAAGUGGUCACUAUAAAGAUAUUACUGUAGCUGUAGACGAAAAACCUGCCAGCUUCUGUUUUCAGUGUCAGAUUUGUCCUUGCUCCUUUGUAAGUAUUUCAAAUUUUGAAGUGUAGCUUUUGUAAGUUUUCCUGAAUUUCCCGCCCUACAUACUGUGAAUAGCCUGGUUACUAAAUUAUGGUACUGAAGUUAAAGUUUUUGGACAGCAGUGCAUGUGAGCUUAUGUCACUACCAAGUUUCGUGAUGUCAGUGAUGUGACAGUGCCUUUUGUAGCUGUCUGGUCCAGUUGCUUUGCUGUAUGGAUGUCUCACUACUUCUGUGUUGUUCCUAUACAGAAAGGUGGCCAACAUUGGGAAAGCCACCGUGCUUCACCAGACCCGUUUUGAGGGAUUUUUAUACAAGUUUUACAAAUAAAACUAACUGAAAGAAUGACAGAGAUUAGAGUACUGAAGUGUUCUGUAG